UGGACGCAGGGUGGUGUGUAGGGGGGUGCUGAUUUGCCUAAGUGAAAGGGAAGAUUACUCCGAGGCCCCGGCAACAGCUCUACGCAUGCGUGUAGCGGGCCGGCCGGGAGCCCGCGGCCGGGUCGGGGCAGGGGACGGUCACUUCCCGGAAGAGGCGGAACCGAGUCUGCGAAGGCGCGGAAUUUGAAGAGAAUACUAAAUUCAGAAACCUGGAAGCAGCUGUAUUAAAGAUUCAAGCCAAACUGGUACGCGACGGAGGGACGUCUUCCGAAACCGAGGAAAAAGGGUGUUCUGGAAGCUGUUCCUGUUCCUUCUAUAGGUAUGUAAAUCAAGGAGUGGAGAAGGUAAAUGUGAUUUAUACCAUCCAUGUUUUUCUAGCCAUCCUGCAUUUAUUAGCUGGAACAAAGCCAAUUACUACCUUUUUUUGUAAUUUUUCUUUUAUUUGUUAAAUGUCAUUCAAUAUUCAGGUAACCAUGUGAAAAAAUUUAUUCUCAGUCACUGCUAAAAAGGAUGUAGAAAAGAAGAGGAAAGAGCCUACAGCCAUACCACCCUGAAUGCUUCUGAUCUCAUCUGAAAAGAGGAAAGAAUGAAGAGGAACAAGGGACCAUUGACAUUUGAGUUACAUUAAAUUUAAAGAUAACUAUUUUUCAGUACUGGAGAGAAAUGCAUAUUUAAUGACACACAAAUUGCUUUUCAUUUGUUAGUUGCAUCCACGUUUUGUAGCCAGUAUGUCAUUUACCACCAUUUUUAAUGUUUUAGCUAUUCUCGGUUCAUUCCAAAAAGCUGACUAAUGAAAGAAUAAGGAGAAUCCUCUUUAUGAAUUAUUCUUGACCAGCUUGUAAUAUAUGUUUUAAUUCCUGUUCUGAGCUUCUGUGCCCUUUGCAAAUUUUUGAAAAGUGUGUCAAGUAACUACACAUAACGAGAAUGGGAGUGAAUGACUUGUGGCAAAUUUUGGAGCCUGUUAAGCAACAUAUUCACUUGAAUAGUCUUAGUGGGAAAACCAUUGCAGUUGAUCUGAGCCUCUGGGUAUGUGAAGCACAGACCGUCAAAAAAAUGAUUGGAGCCGUCUCAAAGCCCCACCUCAGGAAUUUAUUUUUUCGUAUCUCACAUUUAACACUGAUGGAUGUAAAGUUGGUAUUUGUUAUGGAAGGGGAGCCCCCAAAACUGAAAACUGAUGUCAUGAACAAGAGGAAUCAGACUCGAUAUGGGCAUUCUGGAAAAACAUGGUCUCAGAAAACAGGGAGAUCACAUUUUAAAUCAGUGUUAAGAGAGUGUCUUGAACUGCUGGAAUGCAUAGGCAUCCCCUGGGUCCAGGCUGCGGGGGAGGCUGAAGCCAUGUGCGCGUACCUCAAUGCCCAUGGUUACGUGGACGGCUGCCUCACCAAUGACGGGGAUGCUUUCCUUUACGGGGCUCAGACUGUGUACAAGAAUUUCACUAUGAAUACUAAGGACCCUCAUGUUGACUGUUACACAAUGUCAUCCAUCAAGAGUCAAAUAGGUUUGGAUAGAGAUGCUCUGGUUGGACUAGCAAUAUUACUUGGCUGUGAUUAUCUUCCAAAGGGGAUCCCUGGCAUUGGAAAAGAGCAAGCAUUAAAACUUAUACAGAUUUUGAAAGGGCAGAGUUUACUUCAGAGGUUUACUCAGUGGAGUGAAAAAUCUUGUUACUCUGAUCAACAACCACUAGCUACUAAAAAACCGGCUCAUUGCUCUGUGUGCUCCCAUCCAGGUUCACGUAAGGAUCAUGAAUGUAAUGGAUGCAAAUUAUGUCCAGCUGGCCGAUGCUGUGAACCACAUGGUUAUGAAUGCUGUUGUCCUUGUGAGUGGCACCAAGCAGAGCACGAUAGGCAGCUGGUUGCACUGGAGAACAAUAUUAAGAAAAAAGCUUGCAGUUGUGAGGGAUUCCCAUUCCAUGAGGUUGUUGAAGAAUUCCUUUUGAACAAGGAUAAAGUGGUGAAAGUAAUCAAGUACCAAAGACCUGAUUUAUUACUGUUUCAGAGAUUUACUCUUGAAAAAAUGGAAUGGCCCAAUCACUAUGCAUGUGAAAAAUUGUUGGUACUUUUGACCCACUAUGACAUGAUAGAAAGGAAGCUUGGUAGAAGGCACUCUAGUCAACUACAGCCAGUUAGAAUUGUUAAAAACCGGAUCAGAAAUGGAGUUCAUUGCUUUGAAAUAGAAUGGGAAAAGCCUGAACAUUAUACUAUAGAAGAUAAAAAUGGAGAAUUAACUCUACAAACAGUAGAAGAAGAGUCAUUAUUUGAAGCAGCUUUUCCAGAGAUUGUUGCUGUUUACCAAAAGCAAAAGUUAGAAAUUAAAAGGAAGAAAAAGGAAAGCAUGAAAACUAAGCCUAAAGAAAACAAUUUGCCAGAAGCAGAUGAUAAGAGUUUUCAGUCACUCAUAAAUUUAAAACCCACCUAUGAAAUCUCUUCUGAACAAAAUUCCCAGUUAAAUUUGGAAAUUUUCCCUCAUUCUACAUUACCCCAGGAAUCAGUUUCUGCAUCAUUAGACAGCUUGCUUUUAUCGGCAGAUGCUCUCUGUUUGAAUACACAAGAGCAUUUCAUAUCUGCUUCAAGACCUUUGGCUACACAGCAAAUUAAAGCUGUCAGUAAGUCUCUGAUUUCAGAAUCUAGUCAACCCAGCAGCUCAUCCCACAAUGAGUUGGCAGUUGCUGAUCUGCACUUGAGCACCAUUGAUUGGGAAGGCACUUCUUUUAGUAAUUCUCCAGUCAUUCCAAGGAACUCUUGCUUUCAUGGUUUAAAAUCAGAGCUUCAAACAGCCAUCCCUGAUAGCUUUCAAACUAUCCCAGGACAGUUGUCAUGUGAUGAAGUGCUGGAUUGGGAUCUUCGAAAGACUAAUUCCGAGGAGCAUCUACUUUCUGGCAUUACUGAUUUAUGUCUUCAGGAUUUGCCUUUAAAAGAACGAAUACUUACAAAAUCAUCACAUCCUCAGGAUAAUGUACAACCAGAUGCGGACCUGAAAACUUUCUCUCGACUCACAGUAAAAGAAUCUUGUAUUGCUAACAGUAGUUCUGUUUAUCCAUCACACCUUUCAAAGGAUCUUCUGGGAAUUUACUUGCCAAAUGAAUCUAGAAACUCUGAAGUUCUGAAAGGAAACCAGCUGUUCCAAGAAAACUAUAAAGUGAAUACUUCUGUACCUCAUUCUGUCAAAAACAUGGUAGUAAAGACCUCUGAUGUUAGAGCUGAACCUUCAAACACUUCUUUUGAUCACAGUAGAAAAGUUGAUUUGAAAACCACUCAGAAUAUUGCAAUGAGGAAAAGUGUUUGCCUUGAUAGAUAUUCCUCUGAUGAAGAAAGUAUCCCCGGGUUUGGGAAAGCUAAGUACGCAACUGAAAACAUGAAACAGGGCUCUCGGAAGCAUAAACCAGCCCAAUUCAAGAAGAAUGAUGCCAACAAAUUGAUACAGGUUAAAGAAACUGAACAGUUUGUCCAGGCUUAUAAGACAGCCGGAACUGAGGAAAAGUCUUUCCCAGAGGCCGCAAAAGGUUCUCUGAGUUUUCUACAAUGUUGUAAGGAAAAAGACGACUCUGAUACUUGUCUGGAUAGCCCUCUUCCUUUAUGUCAGAGGUUAAAACUGAGGUUCCAAAACACUUGAAAUGAAGUUUAAAAUGUUUAAUUUAGUAUUCUGGGACCAUCAGCAUUAGCAGAGGCAGAGGGAAUGUGUCUAUUUAGUGUCUGGCAGAUAAAUUUAAUGUAGUUCUAUAUGUCAGGAUAUACUUUUGCCAUUUUAAUCAAAAUUAUAAUUUUAAAAAACCUCAAAUUUCCAUUUUAAAAGAUGAUCCUUGUGAAAACUGUAGAUAAUGUAUUUUUUUAAGUAUACUUUUGCCAUUUUGUAUAUCGAUAUUGACUGUUCUUUUGUUAUAGCUUUAAAGUGUUAAUAUAGCACUAGACAG